GUCAGCACGCGGAGGGCGCAGGCGGGCGCAGGCGGGCCAAGGGAGAGGAGUGACUUCCGUUUGUCGGGAGUCGCUCCUCCUCCUUCCUUCUCUUCCCUUCUUUGGGAUUGGCUCUUAGCACUGGGCUCCGCCUCCUCCGGCCACGCCUCCCGCAGCCGCUUUUCCCGCCUCCGCCGGGCCGAGCGGCGGUCCCGCUGACAGUUGAGGAUGGCCGGGGCGGAGGGGUCCGCUGGGCGGCAGUCGGAGCUGGAGCCCGUGGUAUCGUUGGUCGACGUUCUAGAGGAGGACGAGGAGCUGGAGAACGAGGCGUGCGCCGUACUGGGCGGCAGCGACUCCGAGAAGUGCUCCUACUCGCAGGGCUCAGUAAAGAGACAAGCACUAUAUGCCUGUAGUACAUGCACCCCAGAGGGAGAAGAACCAGCAGGAAUUUGCCUAGCUUGCAGUUACGAAUGUCAUGGAAGUCAUAAACUAUUUGAGCUAUACACAAAAAGAAACUUUCGUUGUGAUUGUGGGAACAGCAAGUUUAAAAAUUUGGAAUGCAAAUUAUUUCCUGACAAAGCAAAGAUAAAUCCUGGCAAUAAAUACAAUGACAACUUUUUUGGAUUGUACUGCAUUUGUAAGAGACCUUAUCCUGAUCCUGAUGAUGAGAUUCCGGAUGAGAUGAUCCAGUGUGUGGUCUGCGAGGACUGGUUCCACGGGAGGCAUCUUGGUGCCGUUCCCCCCGAGAGCGGCGACUUCCAGGAGAUGGUAUGCCAGGCUUGUAUGAAGCGCUGCUCCUUCCUGUGGGCUUACGCUGCGCAGCUGGCGGUCACCAAAGUUUCCACAGAGGAUGACGGGUUGGUGCUGAAUGUUGAUGGAACAGGUGAUCAGGAAGUCAUCAAACCCAAAAAUGGAGGUCAUCAAGAUAGUAGCCUCAGAGAGGAUGUUCCAGAAUAUGGAAAGGAUGCGGUCCAGGAAGUCAAAGCAGAACAGACUAAUGAACCAUGUGCCAGCUCUAGUUCUGAAUCUGAUCUCCAGACAGGGUUUAAGAAUCAGCAUCUCAACUUGGAAUCACAGUCUGGCUGCAGACUUCAAGAGCUUAAUGCUAAGCGGUUUGUAAAGAAGGACACCGCCACCUAUUGGCCCGUCAACUGGCGCAGCAAGUUAUGUACCUGCAAAGACUGCAUGAAAAUGUAUGGCGAGCUAGAUGUCCUGUUCCUGACAGAUGAAUAUGACACAGUUCUGGCUUAUGAAAACAAGGGCAAGGUCGACCAGGCAGCUGACAGGAGAGACCCUUUAAUGGACACCCUUAACAGCAUGGACAGAGUCCAGCAAGUGGAACUCAUUUGUGAAUACAAUGACUUGAAGACCGAACUUAAAGACUAUCUCAAGAGAUUUGCUGAUGAAGGCACGGUGGUCAAGAGGGAGGACAUCCAGCAGUUUUUCGAAGAAUUCCAGUCCAAGAAGAGGAGACGAGUGGACGGCAUGCAGUAUUACUGUAGCUAGAGCGGAGGCCGCCGCGGAGGCCACUUACGGUGCCGGGAAUAAAAGAGGCGUAUGUCACACCUGGUCCUGUCUCGGCCUCGCGCUCUCUCCCCUCCCUAACCACAGUAGCCACAGCGUGGGUGCCGAUCACCCGGCCGGCCCCCUCCGCCUCCGCCCAGCGAAGCUCGGCGCGCAAACCGCAGGCCCGCCGCCCGACCACCGAGUAACCCCCAGGUUAUUUGCUUCUGAGUUUUAAGGAGUUUGAUUUGGUUUUGAGAAAGUAAACUGGUUUCUUUGCUAAUGAUAUUUUCUUUAACUCCUGAACGUAUCUCCCCCGUCGCAGAGCUGUUGUCUCCAGGGACCUGCUCUGCGGGGCACGGCAGGAGCCUUCUUCCUGUUUGCCAGAGCCCCGCUAGGUCCCUCACCCCUCUGAUCGUGGUGCCUUGGGUCAGCGCUUCCUCAGGCCUGGUCUCCUCUCCCACAUCCCUGCUUUCUCCAGUGUGCUCACCGCAAAGAGGCGUCCUGAAACUUACUUCAC